CUGCUCCGUCUCUGUCAGUCUGCACGCGCCUCACCGAGCGGUUCACACCGACGGGACGAUUUUCUAUUAGUCUUCAGUUUUUAUCAGAUAAGAAGAAGAAGAGAGGAUUUUAUUAUUAGUAUUAUUAGUGGUAGCAGUAGGAGUAUUAUCAGUAUUUCUCUUUCUCACUACAUCUCUUAAAUUCUUUACACUUUUUAUUUUUGCCUCUUUACUUAAAACUGAAUGUUAAAAUAUUAAAAUAAAAUAUUAAAAUAAAACUCAUAUUUUGGAUCCAGUUCUGGGAUUUUUGGGGGUCUCAGUUUGACCUCCUCUGUGGUUCGUGAGGCGGUCUGUCUGGGUCCAGGUCUGAUCUGUCCUGAUGGCGGCCAACCGGGUGGGGCGGCGGGUGAAUAAGGUGUGUAGCAGUAAAUCACCGAGCCGUGCCGGCGGCGGGCGGGACCUGGGUCAGAGCCAGCAGCGGCGGCAGGCCCGGAUCACCGUCAAAUACAACAGGAAGGAGCUGCAGAGGAGGCUGGACGUGGAGAAGUGGAUCGACUGUGAGCUGGACCAGCUGUACAGGGGCCGGGAGGACGAGAUGCCGGAGGAGGUGAACAUUGAUGAGCUGCUGGACCUGAAGACAGACGAGGAGAGGACGCGGAGACUGCAGGAGAUUUUUCAGUCCUGCAACAACGCAAAGGUCUUCAUCGGGGACCUGGUGUUAAAACUUCACGGUUUGCAGAAGCAGGAGGAUCUGCACAACGACGGCAUCGACCUCCCUCAGCUCCACAUCUACCCCACCCGUCCCGGAUCAACUGACAGGGAGGCGCUGCUCUGAGACAGCAAGCACACCCAGUCUGACCCAGUCUGAUCCUGAUGAUCCCGACCUGCCACCCCCACGCACCGGUACACCCCACCUACAACCUGGAGGCACCGGACAGGAAAACAACCACACCUAAAGUUUACAACCACUUGAGCUGUCCCGACGUUAUCCAAUCAGACGAGCCGCAGAGCAUCACAUGACCAACUCUUAUCAGCAGGCUGAACUUAUCCAACACAAACACAGAGGCUGUUUGUUCCUGAGUUUACUUUCCUGAGGUGGUCGAUAGGCAUUGUGGGUAAAAAGUUUCAAAUGAUUGAUGAGUUCCUGGUUUGACCAGCUUUGAGAUGAGAGGUUUUACUUUGGUAUUUCAGUCCCUGAGGGGGCGGAGUUACGGCACGCGGCAGCAUGUUCAGAGCUCAAACAGAAACUCAGUUUCCAGGUGUCCAACAGAGUCUCAGGUGGUUCAGCAGAGACGUCCACAGCGAGACUUCCGUUAUCAGAGCGGCUUCAUGAAGACGAACUCUGUUUGAUUUGAUCCUUUUUAAAGAGCCUGAACUCUGAAGAAACUACAUUUCCCUGCAUAUGGUCUGUCCUGGUCCUGCUGUCUGUCCUGGUCCUGCUGUCUGUCCUGGUCUUGUAUUGUUUGUACAUUAUUUAAAA